CCGGUUUGAAGAUAACGCACGCACAGCCCGCGUGGGAACCACACAGAAUAGUUUACACCGACGAACUCAGGAAGACUUUCCUGUAUUGUCGUCACGCUUUACGCGCUAGACAACGUUAUCCACACGCGCGCAAAAUCCGUGCAGCUAUUUCGUUCAUUUGACCGCAGCAACGCCUCCUUGCUGUCAAGCAGGGCUUCAUAGGAGCGCAUUACAGUUGACCGAUGGGACACAAUCUGAGGGUCACCCGGUGCGAGGAGGCAACAUAAAGACGAGCCGCUGUGUUUACAACAACGAAUCGUUUUGAGAGAGAAGAAGAGCAGAUGUUAGUCCGACGUAACCCGUAGUACUUUGGGAAAAGUUCGGUUUGAGCCGCAGGGGAACGGGUUGAAAUGCAUUUCGUAUCUUAAAAGGGGCCACCAGCUGAGCGUACGCGCGACGAGUGUCGCGCAUUUGGGGCAGAAGAGACUGAACAAACCAUAUACACCUGCCUCCGAGGACCUUAAAUAACUCAAACACGCCUGAACGGGAAGGAUUAAGUGCUCAUCUGAAUUUCUAAGUAAACGGAUAUAUAUAUAUUUUUUUUCUAAAUGAAAAAUGAAAGAGCGCUUCAAACGCGCGCAGAAUUCACCAUGACACAGAUUGACUCUCGGCUGUAAGUGUAGCACACAGGGUGCAUAUGUGUUGUUUUUAAAGCAGAGAGAGAGGUCUGUCACCCCUGAGCGAAGCAUCCGGACAGCUGCAUCUGGAGCGCUGUGCUGUUUGAAGCUUUCUGCAGAAUAACACUGAAGCGAUGAGUCGCAUCAUUCAUCCGCAGGUGUUGAGCAUCUGGAUUACGCUCAUCUCCAGAGCGACGGCUGACCUGACCUGUGACGCUCUGCUCCUACUCUCCACAAAUCUCACAGCUCGCACUUUAUUCAUUUGGAAUCAGACGUCCACACCCACCAACUCCACAGGUCUCUUCUGUAACACAUCUAUCGAUGGCAUUGGCACGUGUUGGCCCAGGAGCAGUGCUGGAGAAGUGGUGUCCCGUCCCUGCCCUGAGACCUUCCUCGGGGUCCGAUACAACACCACCAAUAAUGUGUACAGAGAAUGUCUCGCCAAUGGGACCUGGGCGAAGAAGGGAAACUAUUCACAAUGUCAAGAAAUACUCAACGAGGAGAAAAAGAGCAAGCUGCAUUACCACAUUGCAGUCAUCAUAAACUACUUGGGACAUUGUAUAUCGCUGGGAGCCCUGCUGGUCGCCUUCAUCCUCUUCAUGAGACUCAGGAGUAUCCGGUGCCUGAGAAAUAUCAUCCACUGGAACCUGAUUACGGCGUUUAUCCUGCGGAAUGCCACCUGGUUUGUGGUGCAGCUCACCAUGAAUCCCGAAGUGCAUGAGAGCAACGUGAUCUGGUGCAGGCUGGUAACAGCGGCAUAUAAUUAUUUUCAUGUGACCAACUUCUUCUGGAUGUUUGGAGAAGGCUGUUAUCUGCACACGGCCAUCGUACUGACCUACUCCACCGACAAAUUGAGGAAGUGGAUGUUCAUCUGUAUAGGCUGGUGUAUUCCAUUUCCAAUUAUAGUUGCCUGGGCCAUGGGAAAACUCUACUAUGACAAUGAAAAAUGCUGGUUUGGGAAGCGAGCUGGCGUUUACACUGACUAUAUUUACCAGGGUCCCAUGAUCUUGGUUUUGCUGAUUAACUUCAUUUUCCUCUUCAACAUUGUGAGGAUACUAAUGACUAAAUUGAGGGCCUCCACAACUUCAGAGACAAUUCAGUACAGGAAAGCUGUAAAGGCCACACUGGUUCUUCUGCCUCUGCUGGGCAUCACCUACAUGCUGUUCUUCGUCAACCCUGGCGAGGAUGAGAUCUCACAGAUCGUCUUCAUCUACUUCAACUCCUUCCUAGAGUCCUUUCAGGGCUUCUUUGUGUCUGUGUUUUACUGCUUUUUAAACAGUGAGGUGCGGUCAGCUGUGCGUAAGCGCUGGCAUCGCUGGCAGGACAAGCACUCCAUCCGGGCGCGCGUGGCUCGGGCCAUGUCUAUUCCUACAUCCCCCACGCGAGUCAGCUUCCACAGCAUCAAACAGUCGUCCGCUGUCUGACCUCAGCAGAAGUGGUGUGUUCGUUUUCAUUUCUUGUGUACCAUCCUCAGCUAACCCUCCACACCUUUUCCAGAACCCAGGGAUAACAGCUAAGGGCCAAACAGGGUAUGAUCCUCCUCUGAAACACACAUGAACAACAACUGCGUACACAGACAGUAAAGGCCGCCUCCUGAGAACACAAGCGCUGGUGGUCUUAUUCAGAAAGGAAAGAUAAAGGUGGUGCAGGUGAUGAAUACAUACAGUCAGGGUGUAUUUUGUUAAAUGGCCAAAGUUAUAAUACACAUCCUCCUCUCAUCCUGAUCACCUGAUAGAAGAAGUUAUUCCUAACUCUUUUCCAGAACUCGGAUCGGAUUAUGAUAAUAUGGAAGACAACAUGGCCAAAAGUGCAAACAUCACAUCUUUGGGAUGAGUUUAAACACAGACUGUCAGACUCCUGCUACCCAACAUCAGUGACCUUCAGACCCUCUAAACAGGAGCAAAUCCCAGGAGCUAUGUUGUGGAAAGCGUCUCAAAAUCACAGAUGCUGUUAUAGCACCAAAGAGAGGACCAACCAUUUAUUAAUGCGUACGGUUUUGGGAAUGAAAGUGUGUUCUGGUGUCCACAUAUAUUUGGUGUAUUAGUUGUAGGUGUUAGUGGUUUUAAUAGAAUCACAUAAAAAGACUAAAACAGCAAUUUCCGUUAAAAAUAAUUGGAAACCUGACUGAUUUCAACAAACUGCAUACGUCUCGGAUUUCUCUGUGAAUGCUAUUUAUCGAUAUAGACUGUUUUAACUGGAUAUGACGGACGUAAAUAUCAUAGGCUUUUCUUUAGGUUAUUCAGAUUGUGAUUAUAUAUUUUUGUUACACUUUCCUUGCUGCUCUAUGGUGUCCAAAUGAUUGCGAAUAGUGAUCCCAGUCGUUCCCAAAAAACCCAUCUGUGAUUAAACUGACCCAACAUGGAAGACUCGGCGCUUUGAAAUUACGAGUGAAUCUAUUGCUGUAUUGUGCAAUUCCUUUGGGACAAAAUGUUGUAAACAAUUUCUACAAAGAUGAGCGGUAUAUGUUGAUGUUUCCAUGCUUGUUUGCAUCCUGGGACUCAAGGAUCUACGAACCCCAGGGAAAUAAGGAAGGAAGCUCACAGGAACAGAAGACCUUCACGAAACGCUCUUGAGAUGAACGACCCACAAGCUAAACACACAACGCAUUCUUUGAAAUAAUGGAUCAAGAACAACGCUAGAUUUAUCUUGCAUUUGAAGUGAAGCAGGCGAUUGAACGUAUUCAAUUAUCUGUUUCUGUGUACACACUUUUAUUCUAUAAAUUCGCAUAUUUCCAAGCAGAGAUGAUUGGGGCACUAGAUGCCAGCAAAACUGGAUUGUGGAGACAAGCUCUUCAAAAUGACUCUAAGUUGUGGAUAUUUUAUGUUUGGAUUGCACUGACAUCUGCUCUGCACAACAGCCUUAAAAACCUCCAUGAUAUAUUACAAUCAAGCUACAUUUUGACAUUUAUGGUAGUGCUAUUGUUAAUGAUGUCAUAGUGUUAGGUGUUGAAUUCUGGACAGCAGGGAAAUCACAUAUUCUUAAUCAUUAUUUCUGUCUUGUUCUUACGUAAAAAUGUCUAAAUCUGGUAACACUUUACGAUAAGGUGAUAUUAGUUAACAUUAGUAAAUGCAAUAGCAAACAUUAGCUAACAAUGAACAAUUUCGUUUUUCAGCAUUUAUUAAUCCUUGUCAAUGUUAGUUCAUGUCAAUGCAUUUAUUCAUGUUAGGUCAUGGUGCAUUAACUAAUGUUAACAGUGACAACGUUUGGUUUUAAUAAUGUAUUAGUAAAUGCUGAAAUUAACAUUAAAUGUUGUAGAAGUAUUGUUCAUUGUUAGUUCAUGUUAGCUAAUGCAUUAACUAAUUGUUAACAAAUAGCACCUUAUUGUAAAGCGUUACCCAAAAUCUAUGAUGGUUGGGUCAAAUAUGGAGACUUUCUGGGUUUUCAAUGCUUGGGUUUGUUCAUAUUUUACUCAACAAUAGGUUGAAACAACCCAACAUUUUUUAGAGUGUGCUUAAAAUCAAGACAGAAAUACUCAUUUGUUUUGGCAGGGGACCAUUUGUUUUUUUCUCCUAUCCUCUCCGUAAAGCUUUUUUUUUGUGUGUAAAAACGUCUCUAAAUUAUCUUUUUUUGUGGUGAUCUAGGACCAGAUUCUCCGUUUCAUCUAAUGUCAGCUUCAGCAAAAUUUGCUUCUACCCAAUGAGCGAGUCAAAACACAUUUUGAGCUUUUUUGACAUCCAUCCUUGUGCUGAAAUUCUCGUUAAGCCUGAGCCACCAAUGACCGUGUCCUGUGACCGCUCACUGCUGACUCGGCACUAAAAAGCAGAUACGAUGCCUUUUGUGCUGCACGGAUUCAAUCAAUCACAUCUGAUAGGGAUAGAAUGAGAGCAAGGUUAUUUAAAAAAACUGACUCAGGACCUUCAUAUGCCUCUGUGCUCUCUGACCUUCUCAACACACUUGUGCUUGAAUUGUAUAAAGUCUUCAGCAUAUCCAGCUUUAAAGGGAUGGUUCACCCAAAAAUGUAAAUCAUUUACACACCCUCUUGUCAUUUCAAACCUGUACGACGUUUUUACUUCGGCAGAACACAAAAAAAGUAUAUUUUGAAGAAUGUUGGUAACCGAGGAAUUGUGGUACUGUUUUGUAUGGACAAAACCAAUGCUAGUAAAUGAGUACCGCCGUUGUUCGGUUACCAACAUUCUUCAAAAUAUCUUCUUUUGUGUUCUGCAGAAGAAAGAAAGAUUUUUCAUUUUUGGGUGAACUAUCCCUUUAACAUGCACUUCAUCCGUGCUUUUUGUGGACAUGUCUAGAAUCGCCAUAUGUAUGAUAUACUGUAGCCAUCUAGUUAUGUACAUAUAAGAGUUGUACUAAGCUAGCAUUGUGGAGUUUGUUAUUUUAUGUAUAGCAAUGUCUAUUAUGACCAAUCUCAUGUUUCUGCAAGUAAACAGGAAAACACGGUCUGUUUUAAUGUUUUUAGUAUGGUACUAAGACUAAUACAGUGUCUUGACCAGGGGCGAUACACUAAUGCUGUGUCACACCAAACGCAAACAAUCGCGUUCCUCGCUCUUUAUUACUUCACGUGAGUGGCACGAGCUGACAAAUAUUUUCACAUUUACAUUUAUUCAUUUUAUCCAAAGCGACUUACAAGUUGUGUAAACAAUGGAAGCAAUUGGGUCAACAUUAGGACAACAAAAAGCAUAAGUGCAAUAAAACAUAGCUCUGUACACUGUAGUAGGCUUUGUGAGACAAGUUUUUUUUUAUAUAGAUAGAGUAGAAAAGAUAUAGAAUUCACAAAUGAUCGGUCAGGUGCUGACGGAAGAGAUGUGUUUUCAGCCGAUUCUUAAAGAUGGCCACAGAAUCUGCUGAUCUUGUAGCAGCAGGCAGAUCAUUCCACAAAUGUGGAACCGAUCCAGAGAAGGUUCGUGAGAGCGAUAUUUUUACCUUUUUGGGAUGGAAUCACAAGACGUUGUUCAUUUGCAGAGCGUAAGGAUCUGGCGGGUACAUAAGUCUGCAUUAGUGAAUGAAGAUGGGGGGUGCCAAACCUGUGGUGGUCUUGUAGGCCAGGAGCAGAAUCUUGAAUUUGAUGCGAGCGACUAUUGGGAGCCAAUGUAACUUAAUGAAGCGAGGGGUGACGUGUGCUCUCUUCGGUUCAUUGAAGACCACUCUUGCUUCUGCAUUCUGGAUUAUCUGCAGAGGUUUUGUUGUGCAAGCAGGAAGUCCAGCUAGUAGCGCAUUGCAAUAGACCAGUCUGGACGGAACAAGAGCCUGGACUAGGACCAGCGUAGCAUGCUCGGAUAGGAAAAGUCUAAUUUUCCUGAUGUUGUAGAGGAUGAAUCUACAGGAUCGAGUGGUGCUGGCAACCUGAUCUGUGAAGUUUAGCUGAUCAUUGAUCACCUCUCCCAGGUUUCUGGCCAUUCUGGAAGAUGUGAUGGUUGAUGAGCCCAGUUGAAUGGAGAAGUUGUGAUGGAUCCUAGGGUGGGAUGGGAUUACAAGCAGUUCUGUUUUUGCAAGGUUCAGCUGCAAGUGAUGGUCCUUCAUCCAGAGCGAAAUGUCGCUCAGGCAUGCUGAAAUGCGUGCAGAAACAGUCGGAUCAUCAGGCUGAAAUGACAGGUGGAGUUGUGUGUCAUCCGCAUAGCAGUGAUAGGAAAAGCCAUGUUUCCGAAUGACAGAGCCAAGGGAUGUCAUGUAUACAGAAAAGAGCAACGGCCCAAGCACUGAGCCCUGAGGCACCCCUGUAUCGAGAUGUUGGGACUCAGAGACCUCAGGUUACUCUAAAUGACCUACCUGAGAGGUAAGACCUGAACCAUUGUAGCACCAUUCCGGAGACACCCAUAGCCUUGAGGGUCGACAGGAGGAUGUGGUGGUUAACGGUGUCAAAGGUGGCAGAUAGAUGCAGUAGGAUGAGUACAGAUGAGUUCGAGGCAGUUCUUGCCAGUUUUAGGGCUUCAAUGACAGAGAGCAGGUUGUUAUGCAUGAGAAAGGGGGAGAGCUGGUUACAAACAACACGCUCAAGAGAUUUGGCAAUGAAGGGGAGGAGAGAUACCGGUCUGUAGUUAUCUAACAGUGCAGGAUUAAGAAUGGCAAGUUUUUCAACUUGCACGGAAGAUGCAAUUGACGCAAGUUUGCAUUGACUUUGUAUGUAAUUUACUCACGCAAAUUGCUUAAUUCGCGUUUGGUGUGAACACUAUAAAUUUCCAUCAUUAAGCAGUUUUCUCUGUUAGCGCGGAAAGUUAAAACAUUUUAUUCUCUAUCACUGUUUCAUAGCAUUUACUUUUCUGUUUAGCACAAUAUUACUGAUUUAAGAGGCCUGUAAUGAAAUCCAGCCAAAAAUGCCAGUGAUAAAAUAAACAAUUAUCACAUUCAAUUCAGUUAAAAUAGCAAGCAUGAUUCAAUCGCUUUAUAAAUGAAUAUUAAAUAUUUAAAAGGAAACUAAAAAUAACUGAUCGCUGAAUAGCAAAGCUCUAAGAUGCAGCAAUGAGACGUAUAACGGAAAGCAGAGGAGCUUUGCUUACUCGUACAACUUUAAUUCUGUUUGCCAGUGCAUGUGAAAUACUGUCACCUCAGGUCAGAUUUAGCAGUGCUGGCCUCAGGGCUUCAUAGCACAGACAUAUUACAUUAGCCUUUGCCUCACUAUUUAAAGCACUUUAUAGUAAACAGCUUUCACAAUUGAAACAGGGUUACAGGUAAAAAUGCCCUCUAAAGAGACAUAGGUACAAUAUAUACAUAGUAUAUUAUCUAAAUUUGUGACGUGUAGUGAAUUAGAUGUUUGCUGGAGCCGUAGUCUAGUGUCCAUUAGUGUGUGCAGUGUCUAAUCUAUUCAUGUACCACAGUAAUAACAGUAAGAUAAUUCCAUGUAUAUUUUAAAGAAUCAUUCAUUUCAAUAUGGAAAAGUAGCGCCACAGUUUUUAGAUCAAGAACAUUACAUGUAGAUUCUUACUGCUGGUUUUACUAAUGUUCUUUCUCAGAACUGAGGAUUUUUUAAUCAAGCUCUUAUUUCAUGUUAAAAUAUGUGGGAUUUAACCCAAAGUCCUUCUGCAACUUUUAUGAUAUGAAUGAUACAUCGUGCUUGUUGAGGAGAGGUGCUGUUACUUUUCUAGUCAGAUUUGCUAUGUUGAACAUGAGGAUGAUAAAAAUGUAAAAGAAAAACCAAGGAAAUUCGGUUGUCUUAAGUGGGACUGUGCCGUGGGCUCUUUUGAUUUGUUCCUAAAAGUAAUCGACAAGGGCGAGCACUGCUUUCGUUCUCUUCAGAAAGCCAAAACCCAACAUGAUUUCAUGGGAGAACGUAACAUUUUACAUAUUGGUGGUUUUGAAUGAGAAUCAGACAAAAACGUACGAUUACAGGAGCAAUUUGGAGAUUUUAGCAGCCUAGUGGUGAGAUUGUGAAUUGCAACCAAUGGCUCACACCCCCCUCCCUUUUGAAGCACUACAACAGCUCUGACAGGACAAAUUUGUUGUCGCGUUUUCGCUUCUUUGCCGUAGAAGAUAGCGUAUUUACAAAACGCGCUCUGUAGAGCAGUUUAUCUGUUUAGGGCUACUGUAGAAACAACAUGGAGAAUUCCAUGUAAGGGGACCAGCGGUGUAUAUAGAUAGAAAUAGCUCAUUCCAAGGUAAUAAAAACUUAACGCUGCAUUAUGUAAGGUCUUUAUACACCUCUGAAGACAUAGUUAUGUAUAUUAUACAACAUUUCUGUCAAUAGAUCCUCCUAAAUAUUACACACGCAGCACCUUUAAUAGACAAAAGCAUGAAUGAAGGUCCACACCUAAACCUAAUAUCACUGGGCGAAUGCAGAUUGAAAUAAAUCAUACAAAUUAAAUCAUACGAAUUAUGCACCUUGUAAAAUAGUUACGAAUUUCCGUGAAGCAAGUGUUUUGCAAAACCUUGAUAUUUUUGCAAUUCCAGAUGGUUAUACUAUGGAUUUACAGCAAAAGAUAAAAAGUUUUUAUCUGAGAUUCUGUGACCUCUAUGCAGUAGCCUACUAUUUUCUGCUACUGAAUUAUUUGAUUUAUCUUGCUUUUUGGUUUUGGCUUUUGUUUGAAAAUUUGGUCACGUGACCACCAUACAAUAGCCAUCAUAUAUCAUUCCAUAGCAAACGUUGUCCUCCAUACAGCGAGGUUCCAUCCGGUUCCUCAAACAUGCCUUAAAGAUACACAAAGACAGUUUCUUCUUAUGACUCAUGAUUUAAUAACAUACUUCUAAUGCACAAAAGUAAAGAUUCAGACUCGUUCUUGGUCAGGUCAGUGUAUGUAUCCUGCGUACAGGUUUCAGUAUUAUUUUGAUCUGUUAAUGUUAUCUCUUCUGUAAGUGAAGUAACGUGGAGAGUGCUUUUCUCACCCCUUGAUUUCUCAGAAGCAACACUGCUGUCCGUUUCUGUUAUUUAUUUUGCUCUCCAAAGUCGUGGCAUGUAGAGAGGGGCAGAACAAGUACAUGCAUCGUAGCUGUAUUUGUAACAUAAUGUCAAUAAGAGUUCUUUUUUGGGUAUUUCUGUUGUGUUUUGUCGCUCAUGUGAAAGUGUACAAAAGAAAGUAUUUAUUUAUACAUAUAUGGCACAGAAAAUAUAUAUUUAUCUCACUAUUUAAAUAAAGGUCAGAAUACACAAGCCCGCGCACGUGACUCAUGUACGUAUAUCCAUAACAUUAAUGUCCAGAAUGGGUAAAAAAUGUAAAUGUGUCUUGCUUUUUCGUGAAUCUGUGAGACAAUCUUGCCAUUUUCUGUCAUAUUCUGCAGAGCUUCGAGAACAUUCUAUUUAUUACUUUUGUUUCUCUUUAUUUUAUGACUAUGUUUGAUGUUUGAGAGAAUUUAGGAACUGUACAGAAAUGUAUAUGAAUCAACUACACAACGAGUCAAAUGUUGAAGGCAUACUGUGCUGAUCAAGAUGUGCAUUAAAUAGU